AUUAUUGUGGCAGGAGACUUUGGUCAGUUGCCUCCUGCGGGUCGGGGUUCUGCCCCUCUCUAUACACCUGUGUUUGCUCAAAAAAUAAAGGAGGGUAAGGUGUCUAUGCGAGUGACAAAUGCUGCCCAGAAGAUUGCCUUUGGUAAGGCAAUCUGGCAUCAAUUUACGGAGGUGAUUCUGUUAACCGAAAACAUGCGACAAGCUGGGAUGUCUGAAGAGGAUCAUCUGUUCCGUAAAUCCCUGGUUAACUUGCGGUUUGGUCUAUGUGAUGAGCAGGACCUUGCCCUAUUUCGGACGCGAGUUUCUACUCGGAUAGGAAACGGUCCUCGAAUAACAGAUGACAUGUUUCAGAGUGUUGCCAUUAUAACCUCAUUAAAUGCACAUCGGGACCAGAUAAACUUGAUGGGAGCCUCUAGGUUUGCAGCUGACUAUGGUCGGGAUAUCAUAAGCUUCUACUCAGUAGACAGGUUAGGGAAAACCAGAGACGUAGCAUUGGUUGCUGCUACUGGUCGUAACGCUGCUAAGGUAUUAGAUCCGGUUCGUACACACAAUGUGCCACAACGUCAGCUUCAGGAUGCAUUGUGGAGUUUACCUCCCUGCGAAAGUAAUCAUCAUGCUGGUGUUUUGCAACUUUGCUGGGGUAUGCCUGUCAUGCUGAAAAACAAUGAAGCUACUGAGCUAUGUGCAACUAACGGUGCUGAAGGUUAUGUGGUGGGCUGGGAUGCUUCACCACAUCCAGAUCGGCCUGAACAUCUGUGUCUGAAUACAGUGUUUGUGCAGCUUGCCAACCCCCCUAAAACAUACACCAUUGCCACGCUACCCCCUGGGGUGGUUCCUAUUACAGCCACCCACAAAAGUGUAGAGUGUGCAUUGGUAUCAGGCACCAAAUUGGUGGUCAACCGUCGACAACCUCAAGUCUUGCUCAACUUCGCCAUGACGGACUACUGCUCGCAAGGUCGCACACGUCCAAUAAAUCCAGUAGAUAUUCAUAACUGUCGUUCACAACAGGCAGUGUAUACAUGCCUUUCACGGAGCUCGUCCCUUCGUGGUACCUUAAUUCUGCAACCAUUUUCUGAGAAACAUCUAACCUGUGGUCUGUCUGGACAGUUACGCAGAGAGCUUCGAGAACUGGAGAUUCUCAGCUACAUUGGGUUGCUCCGACAUGAGGAAAGAUUGGAUACACGUGUACAAGGUGCAACUCGCUAUGAGUUAAUCAAUAGUUUU